GUUGUUUUUUUCCAAUUAUUUAUUCACCUCUCUGUAUCUCCAUUUUUGUUACGAUCCCAUUUCUCAAACUAAAACAAAUAUAAAUAAAUUAUUUACACCACCGACGCGGAAAUGGUACUCGUUUACAUAAGUCUUAUUAUUAUGGGAUGAGUAACUUAUCCCCACUUGUCACUUCCCAUUGAAAGCAAAACAAUAAUUCAGAUCGACGAGAGCCAUAUCAAUAAAAUCCGAUGGCAGUCGCCGUCCGAGGAGGCCGAGGCGGUGGAUUGAACGCUGGACUCCUCCGUAAUUUCUUCUCUUACAGGAUCUUAGUUUCUGCCAUGUUCACUCUUCUUUUUCUCGCCACUCUCUUCGUUAUCCUCACUACUCAUCCACCCACUUCUCCUCAUGAAUCUUCGUUGCCUAGUACUGGGAAUGCAUAUGUGCAGAGGACAUUUCUGGCAUUAAAUUCAGAUCCGUUGAAAACACGGUUGGAUUUGAUAUAUAAACAAGCAACUGAUCAUAUGACUUUAGUGAAUGCUUAUGCUUCUUAUGCUCGAAAGCUUAAGCUUGAUAUCUCUAAACAAUUGAGGAUGUUUGAUGAUUUAGCUAAGAAUAUUUCGGAUAUCACUUCGAGAGAAAAUUAUAAGACUGCAUUGUUUGAAUCAGAAGGUGCGGUUGAUGAGGAUAUUUUGAGACAGUUUGAGAAGGAAGUUAAAGAGAGAGUUAAAGUUGCUAGAAUGAUGAUUGCAGAGACGAAAGAGAGUUAUGAUAAUCAGAUUAAGAUUCAGAAGCUUAAAGAUACGAUCUUUGCUGUUAAUGAAUUGUGGGUGAAAGCGAAAAAGAAUGGGGCUUUUGCUAGUUUGAUUUCUGCUAAAUCAAUUCCCAAGAGUUUGCAUUGUUUGGCUAUGAGACUUGUUGAGGAGAGGAUUUCACAUCCGGAAAAGUAUAGGGAGGAGGAACCGAGAUCGGAGUUUGAGGAUACGAGUCUUUAUCAUUAUGCUAUAUUUUCUGAUAAUGUGAUUGCAGUGUCGGUUGUUGUAAGGUCUGUGGUGAAGAAUGCUGAUGAGCCGUGGAAACACGUGUUUCAUGUUGUUACUGAUAGAAUGAAUGUAGCAGCCAUGAAGGUUUGGUUUAAGAUGAGGCCUGUGGAAGGAGGUGCUCAUGUGGAGGUUAAGGCUGUGGAGGAUUUCAGUUUUUUGAAUUCUUCAUAUGUUCCUGUUCUGAGGCAACUUGAGAAUCUUAAGUUACAGAAGUUUUACUUUGAGAAUCGGGCUGAGAAUGCUACCAAGGACGUGAGCAAUUUGAAGUUCAGGAAUCCGAAAUACUUGUCUAUGCUGAAUCACCUUCGGUUUUAUCUUCCAGAAAUGUAUCCUAAGCUGCGUAAGAUUUUAUUUUUGGAUGAUGAUGUGGUGGUUCAAAAAGACUUGACGGGGUUGUGGAAGAUCGACUUGGAUGGAAGAGUAAAUGGGGCUGUUGAGACCUGCUUUGGGUCAUUUCAUCGUUACGCACAGUAUAUGAACUUCUCACAUCCUCAAAUUAAGGAGAAGUUUAAUCCAAAGGCUUGCGCGUGGGCUUAUGGAAUGAAUAUAUUUGACCUUGAUGCUUGGAGGCGUGAAAAAUGCACUGAUGACUAUCAUUACUGGCAGAAUUUGAAUGAGGAUCGGAAUCUAUGGAAAUUGGGAACUUUACCACCUGGCUUGAUCACCUUCUACUCAACAACAAAGUCACUGGACAAAUCGUGGCAUGUUCUCGGUCUUGGGUACAAUCCAAGUAUUAGCAUGGAUGAGAUCAGCAAUGCAGCAGUGAUUCAUUACAAUGGAAACAUGAAACCUUGGCUCGAUAUUGCCAUGACCCAAUACAAGAAUCUCUGGACUAAAUAUGUCGACAGUGAAAUGGAGUUUGUUCAGAUGUGCAAUUUUGGGUUUUAGAAAAACACUAGCACUGCUGCUGCGGCUUACACAAAGGACAAGCUGUAAGUGUUCCAUACUAGGUUACUUGGAUUUUAUACUACAUUUUGGUUUUAAUCAUUAGUUGAAACUCUGAAUUCGAGUUGUAUUCAACCGAAAUAGUUAUGUAGACGCAGGUAUUCUUUUUAUUGAAACCUUUUCCACUCAUGAAUGCAGCAAUACACAAAAUUUUGUGAG